GUAAAGGAUGUGAUGAAGGAUGUGAUGGCGGGCCUACAGCAGACCAACAGUGAGAAGAUUCUGCUGAGUUGGGUUCGUCAGAACACACGCCAGUAUCCUCAGGUCAAUGUGGUUAACUUCUCCAGUAGCUGGAAUGAUGGAUUGGCCUUCAAUGCCCUCAUCCACAGCCACAGACCUGAGUUGUUUGAUUGGAGCGCAGUGGAGAAGAAGACGUCGGCGAUCGACAGACUGGAACAUGCCUUUAAUAAGGCAGAACAACACCUGGGGAUAGAGAGACUGCUGGACCCUGAGGAUGUGGCCGUGCCUCACCCUGACAAGAAGAGUGUCAUCAUGUACGUGACGUCACUCUUCCAGGUGCUUCCCCAAACCGUUUCCAUGGAGGCCAUCCAGGAAGUGGAGAUGCUGCCCCGGCCGACCGCAGGCAACGUCCGGGUGACGACAGAGGAACACUAUCAGAUCCAGACCCAGCAGCGCUACUCCCAACAGAUCACAGUGAGUGUGGCUCAGGGGCGAGUGCAGAGUCCUUCCUCUCAGCCUCGCUAUAAAAGCUAUGCCUACACCCAGGCUGCAUAUGUCAAGUCGCCUGAGCAAAAGAGGAGGCGUUUUACUGAUCAGGUCCGUUUCCUGAGUCCUGGCCAGGAGGAGCUGCAGCGGGGCCUCAGUCCUCUGCCUCCAGGCUCCACCAGCCUGGAGAGUUACCAGGCUGCACUGGAGGAGGUGUUGACGUGGCUGCUGUCGGCUGAAGACGGGCUCCAGGGCCAGCCUCCCAUCUCCGACCAUGUGGAGGAGGUGAAGGAGCAAUUCCACACACAUGAGGGGUACAUGGUGGAGCUGACCAGCCAUCAGAGCAGUGUGGGGCGGGUCCUUCGGGCUGGUGCCGCCCUGCUGGGGGAGGGGAACCUGAGCGAGGAGGAGGACUCUGAAGUCAGGGAGCAGAUGAACCUCCUGAACUCCCGGUGGGAGCACCUGAGGGUGGCUAGCAUGGAGAGACAGAGCAGACUCCACGAGGUCCUGAUGGAUCUGCAGCACCAGCAGUUGCAGCAACUCACAGACUGGUUGGAUGUGACAGAGGCACGGAUCAAGAAGAUGGGGGCUCAGCCGCUGGGUCCUGACCUGGAGGACGUCAAGCACCAAGUGGAAGAACACAAGCUCCUGCAGGAGGACCUGGAGCUGGAGCAGGUCAGGGUGAACUCUCUAACCCACAUGGUGGUGGUGGUGGACGAGAACAGCGGAGACAGCGCCACCGCUGCCUUGGAGGGCAAACUUCAGGUGUUAGGUGACCGCUGGGCAGCCAUUUGUAGAUGGACGGAAGAACGCUGGAUUCUGCUUCAGGAGAUUUUACUGAAAUGGCAGCACUUCACUAAUGAACAGUGCUUAUUUGACUCCUGGCUGACUCAGAAGGAGGAGCUAGUUAGCUCCAUCAAGACCUCCAACCUUAAGGACCAGGCAGAGAUGGUGGCCUGCCUCCGCCGUCUUGCUGCCGUGAAGGCAGACCUGGAGAUGAAGCGUCCCACCAUGGACAAGUUGUGCUCCAUGAGUCAGGACCUGCUGUCCAGUGUCAAAAACAAGGAGGUGGCCAGCAAACUGGAGGCCAGACUGGACAGCUUUGCCCAGCGCUGGGACCGAUUGAUCCAGAGUCUGGAGAUGAGCAGCUCCCAGCUCUCAUCGGCUGUCAGUGUGGCCCAGCAGUCCGAGCUGACCCACUCUGUCACUGCGACCGUUACCAAGGUGACAACAAGGGAGAAAGUAUCAGCUAUGCGCCAGCCCAGAGAGUCGCCACCACCACAGAAGAAGAGACAGGUGGUUGUGGAUUCUGAACUCAGGAAAAGAUUUGACGUGGACUUCACAGAGGUCCACAGCUACAUGACUCGUGGUGAGGCCCUCCUACAGAGCCCUGAGUUCUCUGUGUCACGCAAGGAAGGCAGCAUUCAGGAGCUGCAUGACAAAGUGCAGGCGAUAGAAAGAGAGCGGCCAGAGAAGUACAGAAAGCUUCAGGAGGCAACGCGCACGGCGCAGACCCUGGUCGAGCAGGGUAAUGGGACUCGUGCUGAGGACAUUGCCCAGGCAGCGGAGCAGCUGAACCAGCGCUGGGUGGGAUUCUGUGCCCUGUUAGCAGACAGGCUGGCAUGGCUGGCUUACCAAGCAAAGGUUCUUGCCUUCUACAGCUUGUAUGAGCAGUGUGAGCAGGCAGUGGACAACAGUGAGAACUGGCUCAAAGUUCAGCUGCCUCCAGCGUCUGAACCAGAGCCUCUCAAAGUACAAUUGGACAGAUGCCGGGUGAUCUCACGCCCUCAUCUGUCCCUCAUCCUGCAGGAGGAGGUGGCUCGUCUGGCCUCGCUGCAGCCUCAGGUGGAACUAAUGGAGAAGCAGCUGAACGAGCUGAAAGAGGAGAAGGAAGGCGAAGACCCCGCAGCCUUCCUGGACGCCGACAUCAACGCGUUAAAAGAGCACUACCAUAAGGUUCUGGAGGAUCUGAGGGAGAGAGAGAGGCAGCUACAACUAGUUUCAGACAGCUUGCCCCCGGCUCGUUAUAAGGAAACCAUAUCGACACUAUUGGCAUGGGUACAACAGUGCGAGGCCAAACUGGCCGUCCCAUCCACGGCCGUUACAGAGUAUCCUGUUAUGGAACAGAGACUGAAGGACGUUCAGGCCCUCCAGGUGACUUUGGCUGAACACCAGGGGGAGGUGGACUACCUAACGUCGACCGUGGAGCAAGUCUUCCAGAAAGCUCCACCAGACAUCAGCCAGAAGUAUCGCACAGAGAUGGACUCCAUCAUGGCGCGCUGGAGACGACUCGGCACCACGCUGUCAGAAAACGCUCAGAGAAUCCAGGAGCUCAUGGCCAAACUGCUGCAGUUUGAGAAUGAUGUAAAGACUUUAAAGAAGUGGAUGGCAGAUGUGGAUGUCUUCCUGAAUGAGGAAUGGCCGGCGCUCGGAGACUCUGAAGCCCUGGAGAAACAGUUAGAGCAGUGCACGGCCCUGGUGAACGACAUCCACACCAUCCAACCCAGCGUCAACGGCAUCAACGAGGUGGGCCUGUACCUAAAAAAAGAGGCCGAGCCACCAUUCGCCAUCCAUAUCCAGAAAGAACUGGACGAACUCAACGCCCAGUGGGAGAACGUCUGCAAACAGGCCUAUGCUAAGAAGUCAGCUCUGAAAGGCGGCCUGGAUAAGACCAUGGCUCUGAGGAAGGAGAUGCAGGAGAUGCAGGAGUGGAUCAACCAGGCUGAGGAAGACUACCUGGAGAGAGACUUCACAUACAAGACACCUGAAGAGCUACGCAAAGCUGUGGAGGAGCUCAAGAGGGCCCAAGAAGAGGUCCACUCCAAGGAGCUAAAGGUCAAACUCUUGACCGACAGCGUCAACAGUUUCAUCGCCAAAGCCCCACCCACAGCCCAUGAUGCCUUGCGCUCAGAGCUGGACGUGCUGACGGCCAACUACCAGCGCCUUUGUAGCCGGCUGGAUGGGAAAUGUAAAACCCUGGAGGAGGUGUGGGCGUGUUGGUGUGAAUUGCUCUCCUACCUGGAGCAGGAAAACGCCUUCCUGGACCAACUGGAGCAGAAACUGGAUGAGACAGAAAACCUGCAAGGAGGAGCAGAGGAGCUGCAUGAGGCUCUAGAUGGCCUCGAGGCUCUUUUGCGCCACCCAGAGGACAACAGGAACCAGAUUCGAGAGCUGGCUCAGACUCUGAUGGACGGAGGAGUUCUGGAUGAACUGAUACAGCAAAAACUAGACGCUUUCAACACUCGCUGGGAUGAACUCAUGGCGAGGGCGGCACUCAGGCAGAAGGAGCUGGAGAAGAGCGUCCAGUGGGCCCAGGAGAAUGACAAGACACUGAGGCAGAUGCAGGAGUCGCUGGCCAACACCGACCGCCACCUCACCGCGUACCUGGCUGACCACAUCGAUGCCCAGCAGUUACCACAGGAGGCUCAGAAAAUCCAGACAGACCUGAGCAGCCACGAUGCGACCCUGGAGGAGAUGAGGAAGAAGAAUCAGGAGAAAGAGCCGUCACAAAGGGUCAUGGGACAGAUAGACCUCACCCAGAAAAUGCUGGCAGACGUGUGGACCAAGUUCCGGCUAUUCCAGAAGCCGGCCAACUUCGACGCACGUCUGACCGAGUGUGAGCGUGUGCUGAACGGGGUCAAAACUCAGGUGGGGGUGCUGGACAUCCGCAGUGUGGAGCAGGACGUGGUGCAGUCACAACUGGAGCAGUGCAUGAAGUUGUACAAGGUGCUGAGUGAAGUGAAAGGAGAAGUGGAGACGGUGAUCAAAACAGGCAGGCAGAUAGUCCAGAAGCAGCAGACUGAGCAGCCCAAGGAGCUGGACGACCGGGUGACCGCCCUGAAACUGCUCUACAACCAACUGGGAGCGCAGAUAACAGAGAGCAAAUUGGAGCUGGAGAAGAGCCUUAAGUUGUCCAGGAAGCUUCGUAAGGAGCUGAAUGGGCUGACAGAGUGGCUCGCUGCCACUGACGCAGAGCUGACCAGGCGCUCCGCUGUGGACGGAAUGCCCAGUGACCUGGAGGCUGAGGUGGCAUGGGCACAGUCCAUCCAUGGUGAAACAGAGAGACGUCAGCCCCAGCUUCAGGCCGUGGUUGACCUCGCUGAGGCCCUCAAGGCUGUGCUGCGGGGCCACGGGGGCCUGGUGGACGACAAAGUCAGCCUACUGCGCUGCAACUGGAUCGCAGUCACAUCAAGAGCAGAAGAAUGGCUCAAUCUGCUGCUGGACUACCAGCGGCAGAUGCAGAAGUUGGAUGGAGAGAUAGAGGACGUGAACGGAUGGAUUGAUGGAGCAGAGAAAAAGAUGUAUGAGAUGGACGGCCAAGGACCUAAUGAUGCCACGCUUAAGGUGCUGCGUGCAGAGCUGGAACUGAUGAAGGGUAAGAUGGAGGAAGUGAGGGCUUUAGCCCAGGAGCUCAUGUCCACCAGGGGGGAGAACUGUCAGGCACAGGUGGGACCCAAAGUGGAGCAGCUCAACCAGAGAUUUGACACCAUCGCCCAACGCAUCUCCUCUGGACAGACGGCAGCGUCAGCCAAGGAGCUGGAGCAGUAUCACAGUGAAGCACAGAUUUGGCUGGAGCUCCUGGAGGAGGAAGUCAAACAGGGAGAAAAUCUCAAGGAGGAGGACUUCCAGGAGGACAAGGACUGUGAGGAAGGUGCAGUGAAAGAAUUACUGUUGAAAGGAGAGAAUCUACAGAAGAGAGUCCCAGAUCAGGACAAAAGAGAGGAGAUCAGACUGAAACACAACCAGCUCAACAGCAAGUACAACACCGUCAAGGACCUGCGUGUGGAGAGGAACAGGAAGGCACUGGCCAUCGCUCCCCAGUGGUACCAGUACAGGAGAAAGUCACAUGACCUGUUGGCCUGGCUGGACGACAUCCAACGCAGCGUGGACCAACUGCCUGACCCCCCCGAGGGAGAGAGGGUCAAGGAAAUUGGCUCAGAGUUCGACAAGAAGAAGGAGGAGCUUAAGGAGGUGCAGGGCUUAGCCAAUCAGCUCUCAGAAGCUGGAGCCGCCAAUCUAGUGGAGCCCCGCCAACUCCAGCUCAACACGCGCUGGGUUGAGGUGGAGGGCAAGUUCAUUCCCUUCAAAAGACAAUGUGAGUACCUAGCAGAGCUGCAGGCGUUGCUGCGUUCAGUGUCAGAGACGGACUUCAAGCUGAACUCUCCUGAAUACUGGCCUGCAGCGUAUUAUAACCUGCCUCAGCAAGAGCUCUGCCUGAAGGAGGUGAAAGAAAGUGUGGACAAGCUGCGAGGCCCAGUGGAGGCAGCGUUGGCCCGCAGAGAGGAGAUGGUGUCGGGCGCUCGGCCUCUGGAGGGCCAGAAGAUCCAGAACAGCGCCACCUUGCUCAGCACCAACUGGGACAAACUGAACAAGCUGUACCAGGACAGACUGAAGCGCUGGCAGGAUUGCAACUCCAAAUGGCAGACGUUUGUGUCAGAUCAGAAGACGCUGGAGGAAUGGCUGAAUGAUGCCGAGGCUGCUCUGAAACUGGCCGAGAGUGAUCCAGCAGCACACAGACAGCGGCUCAGGGACCUGACGGAGGCCAUACCACUCCAGGAAGCGGUGUUGGGCAGAGUGAACUCUACAGGAGAGGAGAUCAGCCAGUUGAGCACGCCGGACGAUGCCUCGCAGCUCCGAGCACAGCUCAAAUUACUCAACACCCGCUGGACUAACAUCUGCAGGGAGCUCAAUGAGCGCAAGAGGAGGUCUGCAGAGGCGCGCACAGCCACUGCAGAUCUACAGGAGGACAUGGGCUCAAUGCUAGGCUGGUUGGACAAGGCAGAAGGCGUCCUGGCCAUCCCUCUGCAGCCUGCAGAGUCACAACACAUCAAAGACACUCUGGGCAAAGUCCAGGCACACGUGGAGGAGCUUCCUGCUAAGAAAGGAGCAGUGGAAGAUCUGAACUCGAGACACAAACAGAUAACAUUUCCUGCUGACAAACAGAAUGACAUCAAGUUCAUCAACACUCGCUGGGCACAGGUGUCCAAGGCUCUGCCUGAGCGCCAGCUGGAGAUCGAGGGUCUGCUGAAGGAGCUGGAGAAGCUUCAGGGUCAGCUGGACGACCUGUCAGCCUGGGCGUCCAACACCAGAGCCACGCUAGAGCACAGCCAAGGGGAGCCAGCACCCAGGCUCAUCGAGGAAGUGCAAGUCAAGCAGCCAGAAGUGGAGUUUGUCUUGGAACGAGCCAAUCAGCUGUAUAAGGAGACUCCUGCCAGCCAACCAGAUAAGGUGAAGUACGUCAAGCUGAGAGAAGACUGGACUGUGAUUCUGGAGCUGGUGCGGCAGCAUAAGGAGAGGAUGGCUGCUCUGCUCGUGGCCAAAAAAGCCAGAAGUUCGCAGCCUGAAUCUGCAGCACUAGCUCAGUUCAACAAGUCCUGGGCUGAGCUCACUGAUUGGCUGACCAUGCUGGAUAACAUGGUACAGAACAAGCGCGUCGUGGUGGGGGACCUGGACGACAUCAAUGACAACAUCGGCCAGCUCAAGGUGUCUCUGCAGGAGCUGGACCAGCGUCGCCCCCUCCUGGAGAGACAGGUCACAGCAGCUCAGAACCUGAAGAACAAAACCAGUAACCAGGAGACACGCAACGCCAUCACUGAGCGCAUUGACAGACUUCAGACUCACUGGGAGGACUCUCAGACCAAACUCUCAGAUAGGACAAAGCAGCUCCACAACAUGCUGCAGGACUCUACCGAAUGGCUGGACUGUAAGAAUAGAGUGGAUCAUCUCAUCAAGCAGGCCAGUGACAGGCUGGAGUCCUGGCAGGAGAUCACAUACACUGUGGAUGCUCUGAAGAAACAAAACGCUGAACUGAAGCUCUUUGUGAAGGAUCUACAGCAGUGGCAGGGUCAAGUGGAUGAAACCAACGCACUGGCCGACAAACUGUUGACACUGUAUGCCAAUGACGACACGCACAGGGUCACAAAGGUCAAUGACAACCUGGUGACCACCUGGACACACAUCAGCAAGCGUGUUUCGGACAGGGAGGCGGCUCUGGAAGCAGCUCUGAAGCUGCUGCAGCAUUUCUACCUCGACCUGGAGAAGUUCCUCAACUGGCUGACUGAGGCUGAGACGACCUGCAACGUUUUAAUAGAUGCUACCAACAAGGAGAGACUGCAGGAGCAGCCUGAGGCAGCCAGGAACCUGCUGGCACAGUGGAAGGACCUCCAGGCUGAGAUUGACAGCCACACAGAGCUGUAUCACUCCCUGGAUGAGAAUGGGCAGAGGAUUCUGACGUCGCUGGGGGACUCUGAGGACGGCGCUCUCCUUCACAGACGUCUGGACAACAUGAGCCAACGAUGGAGUGACCUGCGCAACAAGACCCUCAGCAUGAGGGCUCACCUGGACUCUGAGAUGGCUCCGUGGAAGAGGCUCCACAUGUCUCUGCAGGAGCUGCUGAACUGGAUAAGGCUUAAAAGUCAACAGCUGGAGAAGGAGCCGCCUGUAGGGGGCGACGUCCCCGCCGUGCAGGCACAGCUGGACACACACCGGGGCUUCAGGAGGGACCUGAGAGCUAAAGAGCCUGUUGUGACCAAGGCACUAGACGACGUGGGAGUCUUCCUGUCUGAACUGCCUCGAGACACACCAUCACCUGAGCAGAGAGAUAUCAGUCCAGAGGAACGAGCACAGAACGUGGGGCGAGUCCUGCGCAAGGAAGCAGACGACGUGAUUAACAAGUGGGACCGGCUCAACACUGACUCGGCCGACUGGCAGAGGAGGCUGGAGCUGGCUCUGAAUCGGCUGAUGGACCUCCAGGAGGCGGAGGACUUGCUGGACGGCCAGCUGAGGCAGGCGGAGAUGGUGAAGGAGGCGUGGGAACCUGUGGGUGACCUGCUGAUCGACUCGCUGCCAGAGCACAUCGACAGAGUUAAGGAGUUCCAGGACGAAAUUGCUCCAAUUGAGGAUGACGUCAUACACAUGAACCAGCUGGCGUCCACUUUCGGUCCACCCGACAUCCAGCUGUCGCCUAGCAACCUGGAACGCAUCGAAGAUCUGAACACUCGCUGGAGACUGCUGCAGGUUACCGUGGAUACGGGGAAAAACAACUCAGGCAGAAAUGGAUUGGGUGAGGUGGACUCGAAGGUCUCCGUCACAGACCAUCUGAAGCAGCUGACGGAUGCUCACAGGGACUUUGGCCUCCUUCACGGAUCUGUAGAGAGUCCCUUCGAGCAGGGCGUCUCCCCAAACAACGUGCCCUACUACAUCAAAGAGAGAGCUGGACCUGACCAGAUGACCGAGAUACUAUAUGACCACCAGACCCAGACAACAUGCUGGGACCAUCCCAAGAUGGCCGAGCUCUACCAGUCUCUGGCGGACCUGAACAACGUUCGAUUCUCAGCCUACAGAACAGCCAUGAAGCUCAGACGCCUGCAGAAGGCUCUGUGCUUGGACCUGCUGAGCAUGCCGAUGGCGUGUGAGGUGUUCGACCAGCAUGGCCUGAAGCAGAACGAGCAGCUGCUGGACAUCUCUCAGCUGGUCACCUGUCUGACCAGCCUCUACCAGCGGCUGGAGCAGACACACUCCCACCUGGUCAAUGUCCCGCUGUGUGUAGACAUGUGCCUCAACUGGCUCCUCAACGUCUACGACACUGGCCGCACGGGAAAAAUCCGGACUCUUUCGUUCAAAACUGGAAUCAUCUCACUCUGCAAGGCUCACCUGGAGGAUAAAUACAGAUUCCUGUUCAGGCAGGUUGCCAGCGCGACGGGUUUCUGCGACCAACGUCGUCUGGGCCUCCUCCUCCACGACUCCAUCCAGAUCCCCCGGCAGCUCGGUGAGGUCGCCUCAUUCGGCGGCUCCAACAUCGAGCCCUCCGUCCGCAGCUGCUUCCAGUUUGCUAACAACAAACCUGAGCUGGAAGCCGCCAUGUUUUUGGACUGGAUGCGUCUGGAGCCUCAGUCCAUGGUGUGGUUACCUGUCCUGCACCGUGUGGCUGCCGCAGAGACCGCCAAACACCAAGCCAAGUGUAACAUCUGUAAAGAGUGUCCCAUCAUAGGCUUCAGAUAUCGGAGUCUGAAACAUUUCAACUAUGACAUUUGCCAAAGCUGCUUCUUCUCCGGUCGUGUCGCCAAGGGACACAAGAUGCAGUACCCCAUGGUGGAGUACUGCACUCCGACUACAUCAGGAGAGGACGUCAGGGACUUUGCCAAGGUGCUGAAAAACAAGUUCAGGACCAAGCGCUACUUCGCCAAACAUCCACGCAUGGGCUACCUGCCUGUCCAGACCAUUCUGGAGGGAGACAACAUGGAAACUCCUGUCACUCUGAUCAACUUCUGGCCCGUAGACCAUGCUCCCGGAUCGUCCCCUCAGCUCUCACAUGACGACACGCACACCCGGAUCGAGCACUACGCCAACCGGUUAGCGGAAAUGGAGAAUCGUAAUGGCUCUUAUCUGAAUGACAGUAUCUCACCCAAUGAGAGCAUCGAUGACGAGCACAUGUUGAUCCAGCACUACUGCCAGUCUCUGAACCAAGGCUCUCCUCUCAGCCAGCCCCGCAGCCCAGCCCAGAUCCUCAUCUCCAUGGAAACGGAGGAGAAGGGAGAGCUGGAGAGGGUCCUCAGUGACCUGGAGCAGGAGAACAGGAAGCUGCAAUCCGAGUACGACCGUCUGAAGAAGGCUCAUGACAGGAAGGGCCUGUCCCCGCUGCCGUCGCCCCCGGAGAUGCUCCCGGUGUCGCCACAGAGCGCGCGUGACGCCGAGCUCAUCGCUGAGGCCAAACUGCUGAGACAGCACAAGGGUCGUCUGGAAGCCCGAAUGCAGAUCCUAGAAGACCACAACAAACAGCUGGAGUCCCAACUGCACAGGCUCAGACAGCUACUGGAGCAGACGGAUUCCAAGGUGAACGGCACAGCUCUGUCCUCUCCCUCCACCUCGUCCCAGCGCUCCGACUCCUCCCUCCCUCUGCUCCGCGUGGCUGCCAGCCAGACUACUGAUACAAUGGGUGAUGACGAGCUGUCCAGCCCUUCCCAAGAUGCAUCUGGGCUGGAGGAAGUGAUGGAACAGCUCAACAAUUCUUUCCCUCAUAGUCAAGGUCCCAGCAUCGGCAGUUUGUUCCACAUGGCCGAUGAUCUGGGCCGCGCCAUGGAGUCACUGGUCAACGUGAUGACAGACGAGCAGAGCGCCGAACAGCACGAGGCCCUGCCCUUCUGAUCCCGCCCCCUUCCCCAACUUUACUUCCUGCCUCUUUCCCUCCUUCCCUCCCUCCCUCCCUCCCUCCCUAUCGCAUGCUUUUCUAGUCAAAACAACUGGAUUGGAAACACAGUUUACAAAGAGAAUAUAUAACGUCUAUUUUUGUGAAGGAUUGCGGUUCAAGCAACGACGCGUACAAAAAAAACAAACAAAAAAAAACAUUAUAACUUGUAGAUUUGAGUAGUUUCUUAAAACGUCCUGAAGUUGUUUUAUUAUUAACAGAGGCUGGUUUUUAAACUUCUAUGCAAUUGUAUAAAACAGAAGUGGGGGGGGGGGGGGAGAAAAAGAAAGAUGAGAUACAAAUAAGUGUGUUCAGUGUGGUCGUAUAUUUGCCAUCUCUUUGUAAUUUGGGGAAACCGCAAAAGCAUUUCAGACAUUUGUAUCAAAAAAAAAGAAUGAUUGUAAAUCAUAAGGGUGCUUUCUAAGAGGAAAAUGUCUUUCUAUAACAGCGUACACUACUGUCAAGGUAAUGCAGGCAUCCUGGAUCUUUACAGUACGUUGUCUGUGAGACUGUGAGACUGUGUGUGUGUGUGUGUGUGUGUGUGUGUGUGUGUGUGUGUGUGUGUGGUGGUGCCUAACUUCCACAUAACAUUACAGCUUUCUUUUUGGCUUUGGCUGACAAACCUCAUGUUAUAUUUGAAUUAUUCAAUCACCUACUCAUCCGUCCGUCCGUCCAUCCCAUCUUCCCCAUUAUUGACAUCUCUAUGGCAACAGUUUUUAUGCCUGUGUUUGUUUUCAGCCCAGUGUACUGUGUGUACAAACAGACAGACUAAAGGCAUGAUUCAGAACUGACACAUCAACAAGAUCACUUGAAACCAAAUAUACAUAAUAAGAAGUUAUUAGACGUAAUCGGACAUCUUGUGGAUUCCCUUUUAUUAACUACAUCAUCAGCAAAAUUGAAAAAAAACACUGGACCUAAAUCUUUACUUCUUAAACAGUGCUAAGACAAUACAUUAUAUGGUGACUACAGAGAUACAAACCAUGAUCUCCAUAUCAGUAAUAUCCAAGUUAUUUUUAGAUAUAAGAAAGGUUCAACAACUGAGAGCAAAAGCUGCCACUGAGCUGAAUCACAGUAUAUUAUGGGCAUGCAUAUGUUAUUGAGUAUUUGACUUCCAUGAAGUUGGUGGACAGACUGAAAAAUAUAUGAUCAAAAUCAAAGCAGCAGAGACUGAGUUUGCUGACUUUAAGUUCCAGUAGGAGUGAAGCUCCAGAUACUGCCUAUGCUAAUUGUGGUUACAGACAGUAUUAUACAACAGUUUAGACAAGCUGGGUAGUAUUUCCCAUGAGGAGUAAACUGUCUUCAUGUGUGAAAUCAGUUUUUCACCACUAGUACUGCUAUGGAGCAGUGUUUUUAAGAGCAGGCCCCCCUUUUUGUUUUAUGCUGUUCCACUUACUAACAGUUGGUGGCAGUCUGCGCCAAGUAACAUAACUGCACAAACAAAGGCAGUGAAGAAGUCGCGAAUUCUUCCAAAAAUCCACUCUGGAUAUAAUCUCUGAGGAAAGAAAAUACAUUCAACACUUUUAUUAGACCUCAAGAAUAUACACAAUGUGUUUUGGUUGAAAGCUGUGAAUGUAAACUUUUUUUCUUUUCUAUUUUUUACCUUACCAAAAAAAAAAUCUGCAGGGUAACUUUAAAAUCUGAAAAUAACACACAGCCUGAGUGUUGUCAGUAUUCUCUGUGUGAUUUAAUGUUUAUCCUUAUGGGAUCAAAUUAGAGCAGCAUUUUUUAUGUCAUCUUCAGUUCUGCAUCAAGUCUUUACACAAUAUUUCAGAAAUAUAUUUUAGAGUGCAUUCAGGCACAAAAAAGCUAAUCUUCCUGAUUGUUGCACAUGUAAAGUAAGGCUCUUAAUUCUAUCAUUUAAGAUGCUCUGAUAGUGUCUGUUGGGUACACACAGUACAUUGUAAGGAUUUUGGAGUCGACAGUCUCUCCCUGUCAAAAGUACUGUAAGAGGAACUUAGAGGAAUGUUUUAUGACUUUUUCAUUAGAAUCUGAGCACUACAGUGUUACAAGGCUGCUAGCUUGACAUUAUUUUCGAGGAACAAAUAUUUGAGUUCUAGGAAGCCCGGUAACGCAAGCUCUACCUCGUGUGAAUUGUCCAAGUCCGGUCCGGAGGCAAUUUCUCUACUGUACUAAAUCCUGCACUCCUCUAAGAUUGUUGAUUAUUAAUUGAUUAUCACUGGCUGAUUAAUUUAAGUCAGAUAUCCUAAUUGCUCCGUACAUGUUCUGCCGCACUGUCGGGGCCUCAAAUCUGAAUGUUUCGGAUGCAUUCGCUGCAUUUCUCUCAUCUAUAUCAGAGAUUUUUCUAUGGCUCAAGUAUAAAACCAUUUUACACAAAUCAAAUGAAUCAGUGUGCACUACUGUCAUACCUGGAACACACUAGAUAUUGUUUUCUGUGUGUGUUCAUUCUAAGAGUGUUACAUUUUGUCUUUGGUUACAAAGGUAUUUUGUUUUGUGCUGUGUGAGGUGUUCUGAUAUUAGCAUGUGUGACUAAAUAAAAUCCAUCCUAAUUUAAUGUAUAACCAAUCAGAGAAGUCGGCGCUGAGCAUCACGGCGUUCUACACACGUGUGUUUCUGCAGCAUGAUCCAAGAGGUUUUUCUUUUUGAUCCAGACACUGAAUUUGAUUGAUUUGUUUGUUUGUUUUUUUUCAUUUCUAACUUUUCAUUCUCACAUCAUUUUUUUUCCAAUAACGCGUCAAUACUUCACAACAUAUCAGAUUCCACCAAAUAUAUGCCUUACUACUGUAUUAUAAAAUGCUUUACUGUAUAUCAAUAAAGCACGCAGUUAUGUUGA